ACACUGCACUGCACUGUACCACUCCGCGGGUUACUCGCUGGCUCAACUGCAGAAGGUCUGGAGGGACUCGGCUCGCGUUUCGCUAGGUUUGACGCCAGAUGUCGGUCUGACGCCAUUCCACUAGCAGCGUGUCUGGGAACACGCGGGAGGCGUACCAAGUUGCAGGAUCAAGCGAGGGACUCUGACAUUCUGUCGCGGAGCCGCUGCUCAUCGCUAUGGCGGCUUCCGCCCACUCGCGAUGCGUCGCGGUUUCGAAUCCUCACGUCGUCAAUUACGCUUCCGCCAUCAGACCGUGUCUCCUCGCAUUAGGAUCCCCGCAACUCCCCGCCUCCUCCGCCGCGUUCCGCUCUCUCCCCCUCAUCUCCUUCCCCCUUCUCCCCUCGCUCCGCUUCCCUUCCGCCGCUCCCAGCGCCAUUCCGCGCACGGCGCAAAUCAAGCUCCGCAUUAGUAGCGCGGGGAAUGGGACCUUUCUAAGGAGAGAGUGGGUCGGACUUAGGAGUCAGGGACUAGGGGGGAGGCGGGGAUUGCGGAGGAGUCAUGGAUUAGGGUUUUCAGCGCGGAAGGGGAGUCGGGGGGAUGGCGCGGGCGCGCAUUUGGCGCGGUCGGCGGAAGAUCCGGCUGAAUUUCCCAGGAAGAGAGGCAUACGGGGGAGUGCGGAGCGGAGGGAUAAGGGGAAGGGGAAGCGGGGAGGAGGAACACGUGGAAACGGCGGGGCUGAUAGCGGAUCACUUAAUAACGGAUCGGACAGCUGGAGAUCCCAAGGCUUGCCGUCCUCGUCCCUUGCGUGGAACGACGAGACAAGUGAAUCUGGCAGCGAUCAUAACGCGUCCAGUGCUUAUAACGAAGCAGGUUAUAACGAAGCCGGUUACAGCGAGGACGAACGGAACGUGACUAGAACGGUGGACCUUCUAAUGGCGCGAUUCGAGUCGCUCGAAAAGCAGAGAGAGGGGGGUGCAAGUGGCGCCGCGAUUGGCGCCGUGAAAGGCGGAGGCAUGACGCGGUUCGAGAUGGAUGACGAUGAGGUGGAGGAGGAGGGGGGCGGGGAGGACCUGGAGGAACUAGAAGAGGGGGUGCUGGAUGUGAUAGUAGGGGAGAGUGACUAUGAGGAGGAGUACGAGGAAGAGGAGGAGGAGGAAGAGGAGGAGGAGGAGGAGGAGGAGGAGGAGGAGGGAGAGGAGGAGGAGGGAGAGGAAGGGGAGGGGGAGGAGGAGCGGAUGAGUGGGAUGAGCAUGACGGAGAGGGUGCACGCGCUGCAGAUGCGCGUGCAGCACGCGCAGUACGCUGCUGCUGAUGCUGCUGCUGCAGCUGGCGCCACCAUCACUUCUCGUGACCUGGCGAGGCUGUUUGACCACCCCAUCGACAAGUUCCAGCGAGUGGCAAUCGAAGCGUUCCUGCGGGGCUCGUCCGUGGUGGUGUGUGCGCCCACCAGCAGCGGCAAGACGCUUGUGGGGGAGGCGGCUGCUGCCGCCACGAUGGCGCGGGGAGGCAGGCUCAUCUACACCACGCCGCUCAAGGCGCUGUCCAACCAGAAGCUGAGGGACUUCCGGGUGAAGUUUGGGGAGGGCAACGUGGGGCUGCUGACUGGUGACGUGGCAGUGAACAGGGACGCGCCGAUUCUUGUGAUGACCACUGAGAUUCUGCGCAACAUGCUCUACACCAGUCUGGGUGCAGGGGAGGCGGAGGAGGAGAGGCUGAGGGGCGUGGAGGCGGUGGUGCUGGACGAGGUGCACUACCUGUCGGACAUCUCGCGAGGCACCGUGUGGGAGGAGACGGUGAUCUACUGCCCCAAGUCCAUCCAGCUCGUGUGUCUCUCUGCCACCGUUGCCAACCCAGAUGAACUGGCUGACUGGAUCGGCAGGGUGCAUGGGCGCACAGAGCUCAUCACCUCACAGCACCGCCCAGUACCGCUCAAGUGGCACUUCUCCACGCGCUACCGCAUGCUGCCUCUGCUGGACAACAAGGGCCGCGAUAUCAACCCUCAGCUGCUGUUGCGCCCGUCUGGCGACCCCUUUUUGGAGGAGCUCCAGUCCGGUAGGAUGCUGCCACGUGGCAGUGGGAGAUCUUUCCAGCGGUGGGAUGCAGACGAUCGAAGCAGCAGCAGGCGAGGCAGGGAAGGAGGCAGGGAUGGAGCCUCCAAAGGGUUUGCAGGGCGGGGAGCAGACAGGGAAGCAGGGCGGGGAGGGAAGGGGGGGAAGAGCGGAAAGGGGAUCGCGGCGGCUUUGUCUCGUAGCGGGGGAGGGUUAGCCGAGCUGGUGGGGAGGGGGCGGCGAGGGGAGGCGAGGAGCCGAGUGGAGGAGAUGUCGGCGCAGCAGGUGCAGCAGCUGUGGCGGCGGCAGGUGCCAAGAGUGAGGGAUACACUCGAGCAGCUGAGGAGAAAAGACAUGCUGCCGGCCAUUUGGUUCAUCUUCAGUAGGAGAGGGUGCGACACGGCCGUGUCGUUUGUGCGGGAUAUUAAUCUCCUGUUGCCCAGCGAACAGGCAGAGGUGGAAGCAGCAUUGGCUAAUCUGAGGCAGCAGCAGCCAGAGGCGGUGAGGGAGGGGGCGGUGGAGGCAUUAAAGAAGGGUGUGGCGGCGCACCAUGCGGGGUGCCUCCCCCCCUGGAAGGGGUUUGUUGAAGACCUGUUUCAACGGGGCUUGGUUAAGGUGGUAUUCGCCACGGAGACGCUAUCAGCUGGCAUCAACAUGCCGGCUCGCACCACUGUGCUCUCUGCCCUCUCCAAGCACCUAGGCGGGGGUAACGCGGGGCGCAGUCUGCUGUCAGCGAAUGCAUUGCUGCAGAUGGCAGGGCGGGCGGGCAGGAGAGGCAAGGACCGGCAGGGGCACGUGGUGGUGGUGCAGACGCCCUUUGAGGGCGCGCAGGACUGCUGCCGCCUGCUGCUGGGGGGCGCUGAUCCCCUCGUCUCGCAGUUCACGGCUACUUACGGCAUGGCGCUCAACCUGCUGGGGGGCGCGCCAGUGUGGCAGGAGAAGAGGGACGCCAGUGACUCCAACCAAGCUGACCCAGCCAAUGGCGUGGCAGAUGCUGGCAGUGGUGCUGGCGAGUCUACCGUAACCGCAGCAGCAACAGCAGAUGUGGAAGGGGCAGCAGCAGAGGAGUCAGCAACGGCGUUGGUGGCGGUGCGGCGGGGCCGCAGCAUGGAGGAGGCGAAGGCGCUCAUUGAGCGGAGCUUUGGGAACUACCUGGCCAGCGAGGUGCUGCAACAAGCGAGGCAGCAGCUGGCAGCGCUGGAGGAGAGGGUGGGGCAGCUGAGGGCGAGGAGGGAGGAGAUCGAGAGGGAGAUGAGGCGGGAGGAGGAGGGCGCGGAUGGGGUGUCGGGCGCGUUCAGAGAGAUGGUGCAAGAGUUUGUGGCCACGCGCCACACGGUGGCAGCACUGCAGCGCCAAGCCUUCCAAGAGAGGGCAGCAGUGAUGGACCCUCAGAUUCAACAGGCGCUGCUGUGGGCUGACGAGCAACCCCAUGCCGCUGCUGCUGCACCUGCUGUUGCUGCUGUUGCUGCUGCUGUUACAGAAGAUUCUGAUGCAACUGGAACUGCCACUGCUGCAGACGGUGCUCUUCUUCCUGUUCCCACACCUGUCGGCUACAGGCUCGUGGUAACCGCGCAGUUCCCGGACCUGGCGUCCGGGGCUGUGCGGUCGGUUCGGGGGCUGCUGGUGGGGCAGCUGGAGGAGCUGCCACCUUUCCUGCAGGAGGAGGGGGAGGAGUGGGCGGAGGAGGGGGGAGUGGGGGAGGAGGGGGAGGAGAGGGAGGGUAAGAUGAGGGAAUCGGGGAGGGGAAGAGGGGCGGCUAGGGAGUUGAGGAGAGGGAAGGGAAAGAGUGGUGGAGUGGGAAGGGGGAAUGGACGGGACGAGUCGGGGAGGGACCUCCAAGGAUUGAAUGCAGUGGCUCGAUUGGCCGGGCUGGACAGCAGCCAAUCAGCCGACCCCUCUCCUUCCUCCUCUUCCUCCUCUUCUUCCUCUCCUUCACCCUCCUCCUCCCCCUCCUAUCUGGCAAUCGUUGGCGAGGAUUCCUAUUGGUACGUCCUGCCCUCGCCCUGCAUCCGCCAGCUAAUCAGAGCGCAGUACGACCCCACUGACCAAUCAGAGCUCGCCAUGUCUGCAGCAGACGGGCGGCGGCUCGUUGGCACUUACCUCUGGCCGGCUAGCCGGCAGGAAGAGGCGGAUGGGCCGGCUGGGUGGCAAAGGGUGGCAAAGCUGAAACUCUUCCUUCCGCCCGUUCCGGAGACGCUGCAGGGAUGGCUGAGGGGAGGGGGAGGGGAGAAGGGAGGUGACGGAGAGACAAGAGAGCAGGGAGAGGGAGCGGAAGGCAACGAGUUUCCUUCAGAGUUGGUAGGCGAGUCACAACAGCCCCUGAGCUGGGUGUCCACCGCGUACCCCACUUUCAGCAUCUGGCGCAUCAAAUCCCAACACCCCCUCCUCCACCUCUCCUCCGCCAUCCGCUUCCCCCACGGCUGGACUGCCCCCUCCUCCCAAGAAGACUCCAACCACCUCUCCCUCCCGGCCUCCCUUGCCUCCCUGGAAGCCUCCCUCAAGACCCACAAGCAGAAGCUGUCGCAGAUAAGAAAGAGAGUGAAGGCCAAUGCGGUGUAUAAGAGGCGGCAGCAGCAGAUAACGGAGAGGGGGAGGUGCGAGUAUGAGGAGGGGAAGCUGGGGCGCAGGGUGGAGGGGCUGAGGAGGCGGAUUGGGAGCAUGCAGCCGGCAGGGUGGCAGGAGUUUGUUCAGGUGGUUCAGGUGCUGGCUCAGGCGGACGCGCUGGAUCGGGCGAGCAGCACACUCAUGCCAUUGGGGGAGAUUGCUGCCAAGGUGCGAGGGGUGAACGAGUUGUGGAUAGCAGUGGCACUCUCCCACCCCUCUCUGCCACGCCUCUCUCCCCCGGCCAUCGCUGGCUGCUGUGCUGCGCUGGUGUCUGAAGGCAUGCGCAUGAGAACAGCUGAUGGCAGUUCGCCCUCCUUCCCGUACGAACCUUCCUGGGAGGUGCAGCAGUGGGUGGACGAAGCAGAGGAGCGUCGUGAUUGGCUUAUGCGUCUCCAACUCGCUGCCAACGUGGCAAUCCCUGCUGACCUGGACGCGCAGUUUGCAGGCGUGGUGGAGGCGUGGGCCCAGGGUGUGACGUGGCGCCAGCUCAUCACUGACUGUGCGGGGCUGGAUGAGGGUGACAUCGCACGGCUGCUGAGGCGCACCAUUGAUCUGCUCUCCCAGAUUCCGUACCUACCUGGCAUAGAUCCCACGUUGGCCAAGGCAUCAAAGCAGUCAGCUUACGUCAUGGAGCGUCCGCCAAUCUCGGAGCUUAUUGGCUGAUAAAUUUAUGAAGCGUCUAUCAUCACCGUUUAAAAAAAAAAAUGCAGCUCAUGCGGUAUGUAGGAAGGGCAUUACAUGCAUGCAGUGCAGUGAGUGCUUUGCCAUAUAGCUGAAUGUUUCACACAAGGUGGUUGUCAUUGCAUACAAGGGACGAGUGAAAAUGAUUAUUAAUCAAAUAUUGCUGUGGGU